GUCCCCCUCUCUCUCUAGUGUCACUGUAUCAACUAACUUUUGUCUCUCAAUCAUUCUAGAGAGAGAAACUAUUCUCCUUCCGAUCUUUGGAUUCAGAACAUAAUACUACUGUUAUUGUCUUUGAAUCUCCUCCUUUUUCUUUUCUUUUUUUUUUUUUUUUUUGUUGCUUAAAACAUCUAAACGUAAAACGAAUUCUCCAAAGCUUCUUUAGAUUUUCCUUUUUCACUAGAGAAAAGUAGAUUCAAAGGCCUCCUCUUUUCCUCUUUCCAAUUUCCAAGUAAUUUCUCUCCACUUUUCCCCUUUUAUUUCUACCCAAUGCCUUUACAUUAGAAUCAAUCACAUCUUUAUGUAUGUGUGCGUCUAUAUAUAUUUACAUUAUCAUCUAAUUUCAAAUUGAGUUCAUUUCGACAGUUUUUAUUUUCUCCUGAUUUCGAAGGCAAUGGAGAAAUUUGCUGUUUGUCCAAUAAUUUUCUUCAUUGUAUUCUCACAAUUUCAUCAAUCUCUCGCCGGUUUACUUUCCGAACCUGCGCAACCAUUAAAUCCCGGCGAUUUCUCGACGCCGAACAUAGUCCCGGCGUUUCCGGUUCAAACUGAGACACAAUUGUGCCGACUCGACCUGUCCGCGGAGCUCUUCGGCGGAGUGAACGACGCGUGUGGCCGGAACCUCGACCGCAGCCGGUGCUGCCCGGUGCUGGCGGCGUGGCUCUUCGCCGCACACGCUCGCUCCGCCCUAAAGGUUCAGGCGGAGGCACCGUCGGCGUUCUCCGAGCUGCCAAUGGUGCCGGACGACUCGCAGAAGUGCGUCAACUCGCUGCAGAGCUCUUUACAGAGCCGAAACAUUCACAUUCCGAGGCCUAACGCUACGUGCGAUGCGGUGCUCUGUUUCUGUGGCAUUCGACUUCAUCAGAUCAGCUCGCUGAGUUGUCCUGCCGCGUUUAACACUUCAGACCAUCGGAAUGUUACUCCGACCGCUGUUGUUAGGGAUUUGGAACGUAACUGCCGGAAUUCAUCGUACGCCGGUUGCACCAGGUGCCUCGGAGCUCUACAGAAGCUGAAGGGUGAGGGUAACAGAAGCGGGCGGGCGAGCGAGAUGCUGAUUAAGGACUGCCAACUGAUGGGGCUGACGUGGCUGCUCGCGCGAAACAAGACGGCAUACAUUCCCACGGUGUCAGCAGUGUUGCGCGCCAUGUUGUACAGUGCGCACCCCCCUUCGGACUCCAGGUGCAGCCCCGAUCAAGAGAACAUGCCGUUGGCCGUUGAUUCCCUGCGCUUCGACACAGCCGAUUCGUCACCGGCGUCUUCACCUCUUUCUCUCUUUCCAUUUCUGCCCCUAAUCAUUCUUGUUUCUGCGAUUGUGUAGUAGUAGACUAGUAGCAGGGGUCUCUUUUUUUUUCUUUGUUUUUUUUUAGCCUCUGGGCUCUGUAUAUUUCAGAUCAGGUUUCAGUAUUGUUUCGAGUCUUCCUGACA